AUGAAACAAGAAGAAAUUGAUUGGUGUUUAAAGAUCCACGAGAAAAUAAAAGCUAAAAAAGUUUAUUCCCAUGUUGCCAAACCUGAUUUAAAAAUAGGAUAUAGUAGAUCUUUAAAUGAAAUCGAAGAAUUUUUGAAAAACAAUAAAUACUUAACAAUUUUCGAUUGGUCACUUGAUGUUAACACACUUAUUGCCGAUUUAGCUGAAUACUAUAGCGCACAGAAAAAUUUACUUUUAAUUUGUCACGAUUUAGAAUCAUGGUUUGAGAAAAGGCUUAUAAAACGUGCUGUUACUAAACCAGAAGUAGUAGAGAAGAAUAUCAGGAAGUGCGCUGAAAAAAUCGUAAUUAUUGGCGAAGCCUACGAUAACUUCUCAAGGAUGCUUGCUGGAGAAAAGUUCUUCACUAAAAAGGGAUCAAACUCAUCUCACAAGCGUCGCGUUAAUUCCGAAGAAGCAAGUUCAAUCCAAAAAUCUCUCGACGAACUUAAAGAUGAGAACGUUUUACUCGGCGUCAUGCGUAUUCUUAAGAAAUGGAUGCCAGAUCUUGAUAUACAGGAAAAUACUACAAUAGAUAUAAUGAAAAUGCCAAAACAAUGCUUCGAAGAGCUUAAGAUACUACUCGGAAAAGCAUAA